AAAUAGUGGUCUCGAGCUGACGCCUGAAAGCUGCAUUAUUCUGGUUACGUUUAGGUGAUGAAUGGUGAAAAUUAUCAAGUACUGGUAGGACCUUGGUUAUUCAAGUGAGAGUUUAAAAAUGGACCAAAUGGAGGAAAACGAAAUUGAGCUAGAAACAGUUGUGAUAGAUGACAAUGCUGACAGUGCUGACUACAAUAUUGUGCCAACAGACAUCGUAAGCGCUACCACAACUGUAGAAGACAGCAACAAAGUUGAAAAGCUUGUCAAAUUUCCUAUCACACGAAUCAAACAUCUAGUGAAGAUGGAUCCAGAUGUCAACCUUUGUAGUCAAGAAGCUUUAUUCCUAAUCACAAAAACAACGGAAUUCUUUGUUGAAUGUCUAUCCAAAGAAGCUUAUUCCUAUACUGCACAAGCCAAAAAGAAAACUGUCCAAAAGAAAGAUGUGGAACAGGCAAUAGAUGCAGUUGAUGCUCUGGCUUUCCUUGAGGGUGUUUUGGACUCAUAACAGAUGCAAUCUGUGUUAACAGUUAUUCCAUAUAAGCUGUCACUUGACCAAAUGUGUGGCUUUAAAUAGAAAUGUGUUGCAAUUUUUUAAGUGAA